AACAUACACAACAAAAAGGUGAUGGGGAUAAUUAUUACGAGUGUCAAAAUGUCCUCAUGCAAAUAUUACACCUUACAGUAGAUGACUGGUGAAAUGAAAUUGUAAAAACGUACAUUUCAUCCAACUCUUUUUUUUCUUGCACAAAACGGAAGUUUUCAGUUUGACCGCACCACUGCUCUCUACACUUUCGUUUUCGUGCAUCUGAAGAGGGAAGUAAUCAAACAACACCUACUCCGAGCGCAAGGUCGACGUGGGUAAGACACCUUUGCAAAAGCUGUCACGCUGCUUGGGAGUAAAACAAAGUUCAACUUUACUAAACCCGUGAACGUGCUCCGAACGAGUGGAAGGACAUUUGCAUUCAGGAGACAUGAACCUCGAGGAGUACUUUCAGAGAAUCGGUUUCAAGGGCCCGCGCAACAGAGCGGACCUCGCCACACUGAAACUGAUUCACAUGUGCCACAUCAUGUCAGUUUGCUUCGAAAACCUUGAGAUGCACUGCGGCGGCAGGAUUAUCAUGGACAUGGAUGUCAUCUUCGACAAAAUAGUUCGUCGGGGCCGUGGGGGUUGGUGCAUGGAAAACAACUUCCUGCUGUCCUGGGUGCUUAGAGAAAUGGGGUACAACAUCACUGUUUUGAGCUCCAGGGUGUUCAAUCGCGCCAUCGGUGACUUUUCCCCCAUUGAUAGUCACCUCAUUAACUGGGUGGUGAUUGACGGAAAAUCCUACAUAAUAGAUAUCAGCUUCGGUGUGUCAAUGCAAGUGUGGGAGCCGCUGGAGCUCGUCUCCGGGAAGGACCAAGUCCAGGUGCCGGGCACAUUCCGUCUCACGGAUAGAGGGGAUUUGUGGUUGCUGGAGAAGACGGACAGGAAGCCCGAGAUCCUCAAUCCAGACUUCACCAAUUCCAAUCUAGUGAACAGGGAGCUGACGAAGACCUUGUACAGUUUCACCCUGACACCCCGCGAUGUCGAACAUUUCUUGCAUGCCACCAAUGUUCUCCAGACGGAUCCUCGGACGCUGUUCAUGAAUAAGUCCAUCUGCUCCCUGCAAACGCCCACAGGCUUCAGGGCCUUGAUUGGCUGGACCUACAGCGAGGUCACCUUCCAGGCCGAGCGGGGCGUGGACGUCUACGAUAUGAAGGUCGUGCCCGAUGAUGAGAUAGAGAGCCUUCUGAGAGACAAGUUCAACAUACAUUUGCCGAACAAACUGCAGCCUGUGGACAACAAAUACAGGUUUACACUCUAAAGCAGUGGCUCUCAAACUGGCUCCAGCGAGCCCUAUCUUGGGGGUUAGUAAAAUAAUUCACAGUAGAUUAUUAUGUCAAAAUGUUUUUAAACUGAGUGGGACGGUGGACAACUGCGUGGGUUUUCCUGGGGCAAUGCCAAUAAAUGAGGGAAAAAGUCAGUGCAUAGGUGAAUCUCUGAUUACUAAAUUUUAAUUCGGUAUCGGUUAAUCAGAAUUCGCAAAGCAAUUUGAUUAGUGAAUACAUUCUUCUGACCCUUUGUUCCCUCAAUAGUUUCAAUUCACUUUUUCACUGAUUUUUGUGGGGGAGUCUAUUCUCUUGCUGAAAAACUUACCAAUUCAGUGAUUUUGAGCUCUUUCUCGACUGACCAAAGAUGCCACAAGAAGUAUUUUGCUCUUUGUUUUUAAAUGCUUUUAAUCAUGUGAGACAUGUUACCUUGUGUAUGAAAUACACAAAUAAAUUUGCCUUGUGUGCCUUAGCUGCACGGCAGCAUGGGUUCAUUCCCCACUGGCAAUGACAAUGUGAAUAUGAUUAAGAAUCCAUCUCUGUGUGUGCCCUCAGUGCCAUUCAAAAUGGACGGGUGGAUCCCUCAAGCUACAACCAUAUUCCUAUUUGUGGAAAAGUGGUCCAAUGACAACAUCUUGUGGCAUCAGUAAGCAAUAAUAAAUGAUUUAAAAAAUUCUCCCUUUUUCCUGGACCAAAAAACUUUGGGAAUCCCUGCCCCAAUGUUUUAAACUAGCAUAAAGCAAGCAUAAAAUGCUGCCUGAAAAAAAAUCUUUUUUUUUUUUUUAAACUUCCCCUCAUGCCCUUCCGCAUUAAUGUGACCAAGAAAAAUGGGGUGCUAUGCCAUCCAGAGAUGUUUCCUUUUACACUUCUUGUAAAAGGUAUAAUUUCCCCACCUUUCCCCAUGUUCAGCAUAAACAACCUGUGUUUCCAACUAAUUUUGCUUUCUGGCGGGUCUCUGUAAGACUUGCUAAAUGCCAUUAACAUUCCUAAUGAUGUAAUUGCAUGAUUAUAUAGCAUAGAACAUUACUUUGAUUACAUGGUGGCAUUACGUAAAUAGACACACACUUUUAUUUACACGAGUAAUACAGUAUAAUUAACAUAUUAUAGACUUAUUUUAUUCAUUUACAGUACAGUAUAUUCAUAUGUAUUGUCUAGAUUUGAUUUUCACUUGAUUCUGUUUUAUUUUGUUUUUCAAGUUAUUAAACUUGUAUUGAAACUUUU